AGAAAACAGCGGAAGAAGAAGAUGUGCGAGUUUCGUUUCCGAGUGACCUAGUUAGCUACUCCUAUUAGCAUCAGUUAUUAUUCUUUAUGUCUAACAAUGGGAUUGUCCGUUUUUAAUGUUAGCAGCUAGCAUUAUUCAAUGGCACGUCUCUGAUUGUUUGGCCAAGAAGCGAAAACAAAACAUAGGAGGAUUGCUAUCUUGAAGCUUGGAUAAAGGGAGUAGCCGUUUUUAGCCUCUUUGAUUUAGAUACUGCGAUUAAGAUGCGUUGUAAAUUCACUGUGUGUGGUAAAUGUUAGCUGGCUAGCUGGUUAUCGAUUCCUGGCUGAUCAACGUGUAGCUAUCUUCGUCAAGCUAGGUGCAGCUCCCUUGGAUGUUCAGUGUGUCAGGAAGUGACUCUUCAGCCCCAUGUCUGCUGAGGCAUCAGUAGGCAGUCAUGCUGCUGACUCGGCCCAGUCUUCUAUUUCCCAGCCUGCCUUCCACAACUCAGAAGAUCUCAGAAACCGAGGUCUGUUAGGGAGCAAGUAUGUCAAAUUAAAUGUGGGUGGCUCCCUCCAUUAUACAACUGUCCAGACGUUAAGCAAGGAAGACAGUCUGCUGCGGAGCAUAUGCAAUGGAGGAACAGAAGUUUCCAUAGACUCUGAAGGUUGGGUAGUUUUGGAUAGGUGUGGCCGACAUUUUGGACUGGUUCUGAACUUCCUGCGGGAUGGCUCAGUCCCACUUCCAGAGGAUCACAAAGAACUGGACGAGGUUCUGAAGGAGGCACAGUACUAUCGGGUCCAGGGACUCGCCCAGCACUGCAUCAGUGCCAUGGAAAAACAAAAGGAUGUUUUUGAAACAGUGUGUCGAAUCCCCAUGAUCACCUCAGCCAAAGAAGAACAGAAAAUAAUGGCUUCGUGUAGAAAGCCGGUAGUAAAAUUGCAGAACAACAGAGGGAACAACAAAUACUCCUACACCAGCAACUCUGAUGAUAACCUGUUGAAGAAUAUUGAACUCUUUGACAAACUGGUGCUCCGGUUUAAUGGCCGUGUCCUGUUUGUCAAAGAUGUGCUCGGGGAUGAGAUCUGCUGCUGGUCUUUCUAUGGAGAAGGUCGCAAGAUUGCUGAAGUGUGCUGCACAUCCAUCGUCUAUGCAACAGAGAAGAAGCAGACCAAAGUUGAGUUUCCUGAGGCUCGAAUCUUUGAAGAAACCCUCAAUAUCCUCAUCUAUGAGAAUGGCAGAGGGUCUGGUCCAGGAGGGCUGCACCUUUUAGACGCCAGAGGCUCGGGGGCUUCACUUGACGAAGAGGGGGCUACGGGAGGCGACAGGCGAGUUAGACGGAUCCACGUAAGGAGGCAUAUAAUGCAUGACGAAAGAGGGCACGGUCAACAAACUGUGUAUAAGGACUAAUAAUGUGAAAACGUACUGCACAGAAGAGCGACUUCAUGUAUGUUCAUUUUUUUUUCUCGAAUGCUAGAAUGAAAGAGAUGUCCUUGAUAAUAGCAAUAGCUCAGUAGGUAGAUAUUUAAUUGAAUGUCUUGAGACGUCACUGCACAGACAUGUAGGAUUUGAUGACUGAUGUGUAACAGAAGAGACGUUUUGAGAAAUGCUUCUGUUUACAAGAAAACAAAAUGUGUAAAUAAUUUAAAUAGGAAGUGUGUAAAUUUAACUGGGAUGUGAAACUGGCAUGAAUUUUUCUUCACAAAUGUUAAAGGGCAUACUGUGCAGGAUUUGUCGUUGUUUUUUUUAAACACAAGUUGGCCGAAGCUCAACAUAAAAAAUAGUGCAACGGUCUUCAAGUGAGUUAGAGAGUCGAGCAGACCUGCAACCAUUUAUCAACAACUCAGAGCGACCGUAGAGGACAGAGACAGGAAAGCUAGCCUCUUAUUUUGAGUCCUGUGCACUGUUUUUGGUUCAGGUACAAAAAUAUAAUUCAGAAAAUAGGGAAAUGCAGGCAGAGUUGUUGUCAGUUACAGACACAACUUAAAGUGGAUUAUAAAUGAAGUGAUGAGGUAUAUUGGUAUGAGUCUAUACAUUGUUUUGAAGGAAAUCCUGCAUAGUAUACCUUCUUUAAGGAACUUCCUGCGAGCAACUGAAUGGGCCUGAAAACCCAACCCCAUCUGUUAAUUUGGGUGUUAAUAAUGUGCACUGGCACCCUCCUUUGUGUUUGACUUAUAGGAAAUACUGUAAGUCAGUUUAUUCAGGUUGUGAAACAUCUGUCAUUCGUUGGACUGAUAUGCAUCCUGACAGCGAUGAUAUUGUAACACUGGAAUAAAACUGAAUAGCCAUUUUUAGGGACGUUGUCUAUAAUUGAGAUUGUUGAGCAGCUCCAUUUUCUUUAUUUAAAUUAUUACUGCUGUUGCUUCAAGAUGUUUUAUUAAUUUAUGAACCUAAUUUAUUGUUUGGUAUUUAACUUUUUGUAUUGUAUGCAAUCUUUGUGUUAACUAGUGCUCAAGUGAGUUAAUUUUUUUGAAAUGAUACAAUGCACUCAAUAGCACACACCAGAUUUUGAAUUGACUCCUGUAAAUGACUAAUGUUUCAAGAAGAACCGUGACCAUUUCCUUGAUAACUCAUUUUGUUCUGAGCCAUGACCUUUCACUUUAUGUCUUAUACCAAACCACUGAAAUUUGCUCAAAUAUAAUUGGCCAUAGACUGAUGAUAAAGGCAAUUAUUACUAGGUUGUAUUUAUGUUACCUUCAUGGAGAAGAUACAUAUUUAAUUUCUGGUAUCCACCAGUGUUGUGUACACCUAAUCACCCUAAAAACAAAACAUUGAAUGAGAGCAAAGAAUACCCUAAAAUAUGCACUAAUAUGACUUCCGUCCUAUAGUGGUCAUGAGAAUGUUCUGAAUAAAUUAUUUGUGAAAUCCUA